AUGGCUUCCUCCAGCAGCCCUCCUUGCGCCGCCUCCAGCUCGCCCGAGGAGCAUCACAUUCACUCGCCGCUCUCUCACGCCUCGAGCCCCAAUAGCCAGCAGUCGCCGAUGCAGAGCCCGCCGUUCCAGCAUGCCAUCAAUCCCCUGACCGACUGGGCUCUCCAGCAACAGCAGCAGCAGGUUGCUGCUGCAGCCCCUCACGAUCACCACGAUCUCGGCCAGAUCGAUCUCGCCCAGUUCAUGCAGGACCCGUCGCUCAUGAACUUCGCCGGCCUUCCCCCGGCCUUUGCUACGAAUCCCAUGGACUACUUGCCCGCCACGACCCAGGCCACCAUUCAGCAGCAAAGCCUCCUCGAAUCUACCUUCCCGGCCAUGCCUCCUAUGGAUGCCGCGACACAUGCCAUGCACUGGGGUACCACGAGCACGGGAAUGGAGAACUGGCACGAGCUCCAAAAUACUCUGCAGAUGGAUAGCCUCGCAAGGAUGGACAGCGUCGGCAGUAACUCACCUACCGGCACAUAUCUUGAAGUCCUAUCUCUACCUUCGUCGUCAGGCGAUGGAUGGGCCAUGGUUGACUGGGGACACGGAUACCAACACGUCGAACCGUUCCCCAGUGCUGCCGCCAUCUUCAAUCCAUCACAAACCCUGCAUCUUCGGACAAAUUCAGACUCUUCGGAAGGUGCCAAUUCGUUAGACUUCAACAACAGCUUCGAAGAGAUUACCGGCCCCUUUCCCUACUCCCCCUUUUCCCCAGAGUCUGAUGGCCACGGCGAUGCCCACAACCAUCGCAACUGCUUCUCUGGUGAGAGCCACCACAACCACUCUCACGCAAGUGUCUCUCCCAAGGCCGUCGCCGCUGCCGUUCCCAUCAAGAUCGAGGGUGCCGUUGUCGUCAAGACCGAGGCGUCAACUCGUCACAGUCCCGGCAGCGGCGCCGGUGUCACCACACCACCAUCCGCGUCUGCUUCUUCCUCCCGCAGAAACUCUGGGCCUCGCAAGAGCCCCAUCGCCAAGCCUCCCAAGCCUGUUGUCCGUAGAAUAUCUACCGGCAAGAAGGAUGGGACUGGCGAAAAGAAGGUUGGUCGCAGAAAGGGCCCCCUUCGACCCGACCAGCGUAAGCAGGCCAGCGAAAUCAGAAAGCUUCGCGCUUGUCUGCGAUGCAAGUUCCUCAAGAAGACUUGCGACAAGGGUGAGCCCUGUGGUGGAUGCCAGCCCUCACAUGCUCGCCUGUGGCAAGUACCUUGCACCCGCAUUGAUAUCAAGGACAUUGGCUACUUCAUGAAGGACUGGAAGGCCGACCAUGAGAGCCAUAUGACCAGCGGUCUAUCUAUUUACAGCGUCAAGGGAUUCGCCGCCAAAGAGAGCCUCAUGUGGAUUACCCAUGGCUACGGUUUUGCCCUCCCCAUCAUGGUGCGCGAGGUCUUCGUCACCGAGGACAGCAGUCUUGCCAUCGAGUGGCGCGAGGCCCCCAGCGUCAGUGAAGGCUCCCACGACUUUGAGAUUCGUGGUGAGAGGCUUGAUGUCGGCGCCGAGGGCGUCAACAGCGCUGCCCUGUCGGAGUACCUCGAUAAGCACAUUGAGGGUCCUUUCGAGGACUUUAUUGAUGAUCACUUUGACGGGACCCCUUUCAUUACGGAGAUUCUCAAAACCGCACACCGCUACUACGUCAAGGAGAAGAUGCCCGUCAUUGGCAAGGCUCUCAAGCUGGUUCUCGCCUACAACCUCACCCAACACAUCACCAUGGUCGAGAACCAAGGCUCCGAGGUGCAGGUCGACAGCCAGAUUGAGGAUGCCGAGUCCAAGUACUACGGCCGCACUGUCGCCCCUGUUAUGGUCAACUUCCAAAUCAAGUACGCCUUGGCUGACAUGUGGCGCGAGCUGCAAAAGGACAUUCUUGAGGAGCUCUCUUCCCUCUACUCUGGCGUCUACAGCGGUGAGAAGAUGAAGAACUGGCCCACCAUUUUCAUGCUUGCUUCUAUCCUGCUUGCCGUGUGGGAGGAGAUGCAAUUUGACUGCCACUACCGCGUACCUGACCCGGCGGCGGUGAACAAGUUUUGCAGCGACAUGGAGACAACCCCUGUCGGGGUGAUUGUGGGUCUCUUCCACGCCAUUUCUCAAAAGCUCCCCUCUUUCACCGAGUGGGACACUGCCCAGCAUGGUCAGCUUCUGCACAACAAUGUAUCUGUCUGCGAGGCCAUGACUGAGGUCCGCCAGCACGUCGUCAAGCACGAGGCGUACCUGCGGACACGCAAGGAAGAGGCCAGCUUUGACCCGACUGACUUUGACUCGCUGUCAAACAAGUUCCUGUCCAAGCUUGUCAUUAAGGCCAACUAA